AUGCUGGUCAUCCAGGUUGCUGCUGAUAUUUUUAACAGUAAGGUGAACUUUGAGCUCACCUUCCCGCGCCGGCCAACGUUGCCCGAGGUCUUGCACGCCACAGAGGCUGCAUUCUCAAACGAAAUCGCUCUUCGCCGUCCAGAGCAUGUCCCACCACAUACCUUUAACGUUGCCAAGAUUAAGCUGUACGAUGAGGAUCGAAACAAGUGGGUGGAUUUGGUGUCGGAGGGGCAGUUGACCGACUACUGUCAGUUGUACGCAUUUCAACCGGACAACCAGUGGCACAAGGAAAGCCAGAAGGAAAUUCCGGCGGCGGUAAAACCACCAAUGUCGGCGCAGCGGCCACUUGUAAAUGCCACCAGCUCAGCGACGGGGCAUGGAGCUUCCAACGGUGGCUCUGCGCCGGCUGGUGCGCUUGCCCCCUACGCAGGUGGUCGUACGCCCAUUAAUCAACGCAGUGACCCCCAACAUUACCGUCGUUCAUCACUGCACACGAGUACAUCCGGAGCCCUAGUUCCAAAAAUACACGCAGAGGCAUCACAUGAAGAGAAGGUUCGUGUUUUGUUUGCCGAGUUGGACUCGAAAGGACGCCGCCUGCUGGAGAAAGGGGACUUCAAGCAGGGCUUUCAAACCUUUAACCUUGACCUUUCUGCCGAGACGGUGGAGGACCUCUUUGAGAAGGCCGACACAAACCGUGACGGAACAGUGUCCUUUACCGAAUUUGAACGUUUUUGUCGUCUCUACCCAAUCAUGACGGAUUGUCUUUUUUUCCGCUCAAAGGCGUUCUGGGAUGAGGAACAGCUGAGGAGGGAGAUUCAGGUGGAGCGGCAGGCAGUGAGGCAGGCAGAACAAGCCGUGGAGCAGGUGCGCAAAUCAGUAGAAGAUGCGGAGCAGGAAGUGGUCGCUGCGAUGGAUGCCGUCACUGCAGCUGAGGCAGAACUGAAGGACCGCACAGACCGACUUCGGGAUUUGACCAAAGACAUGGACAACGCUAAAAAGGAGAAGGAACGUGUCAUCCGUGAGAAGAAGGAGCGUGAAAAGGAACUUGCCAGCACGCGGGAUCAUGAAAAGGAGGUGCGCAGGGAGUCACAAGAUAUUGCCCGUGAGGCUGAAAGGUCGGAUCGCCGGGCUGUUGCGCUUUCCGGUGAAGCUGUCACAGCCGAUGAUAAGGUCCGACAACUAGAGAAAGCGUUAGAGGAGGCGAGGCGAGCGGCAGAGCGGGCUCAUGUCUCGGCAGAGCAGGCGGCACGUGACGCCGAAGUUAUGAAGCAGCGCGCUCGAGAUGCAUCCAAGAACGUGGAGGACGUGGUGCGAGAGAUUGCCCGUGUGGAGGAGGCUGUGCGUGGAGCGGAGCACAGUGUCGCGGUUGCCGACAAUAAUGCCCGUGAACUUGAGGGAAUGGGGAGGGAACUCUCCCGUGAGGCGGAGGACGCCUCACAGCGGCGCGAUCAAUACGAGAAGGCUGUGGAAAACGCCAAAGAAUCUGUGCGGGCACGGGAGCAGCAGUUAGAUGGAGCGAAACGGCAAGUGGACGAACGAGAAAAUAUGGCGAGGCAGAAGGAAUCGGAACUGGCGGAGCAACGGAAGCAACGGGAACUUGUGUCCCAGCACGAGCGCGCCCUAAUAGAGCAGGAGCUACGUCUACGGGAGCAGCGGGAUAGUCUGGAGGAACGCGAGACAAAACUUAUGUCCGAGGCCAGUAGUUUUUUGGGUAACCUUCGCUUUCAGCUGCAGGGGGGACGACCCUGA